CUUUCCCCCCCUUCCAGUCUGGACACUUUCACCCCCUUCCAGUCUGGACACUUUCACCCCCUUUCAGUCCGGACGCUUUCCCCCCCUUCCAGUCCGGACACUUUUCCCCCCUUCCUUUCCGGACGCUUUCACCCCCUUCCAGUCCGGACGCUUUCUCCCCCCUUCCAGUCCGGACACUUUCCCCCCCUUCCAUUCCGGACACUUUCCCUCCCUUCCAGUCCAGACACUUUCCCCCCCUUCCAGUCCGGACACUUUCACCCCCUUCCAUCCGGACACUUUCCCCCCCUUCCUGUCCGGACACUUUCCCCCCCCCCUUCCAGUCCGGACACUUUCACCCCCCUUCCAGUCCGGACGCUUUCACCCCCUUCC